CAGAACAUCAUUCCUUCUUGCUCCCCUUUUUACCUAUGUUGCUGUAAUUUUAUACUCUAGGUGUUUGGCCGUGUCGCUGAAAGAGUUUGAAAUAUGGCUCGUGUUCCAUUCAUUGGAAGGCUGUUCUGGAACGAGUAUCUAGCCCUAUUCAGCUCGCUCGUAUUAAUAUUCAUCGAAGGCCUAUUACAUAUCAUAACAUUCUGUCUUCCUCAGCCGAUCAUACAAUUUUGCUAUCAGCAGUCUAAGGUCAUAUUCAAGGUUUUGGCUUCGCCACAAGGGCGCCGAGUACGAGCGCUGCAAACAUCAACCUCAGGAAAGAUUGCGCGUGCUUCAGACUUUCUAGAACUGUGCUCGCUCUGGGGCUAUGAAGCGGAAGAGCAUGUAGUGCAAACGGGCGAUGGCUAUCUUCUUGGUUUGCACAGACUGCCGCGGAAGAAAGGCGAAAGCUUCUCGAAAGCUAACGCUUACGACGGCACCCGUCAGAAGCCAGUAGUUUAUCUGCACCAUGGUUUGCUCAUGAAUAGUGAAGUAUGGGUCUGUUUGACAGACGAAAAGCGUUGCCUCCCAUUCCAGCUCGUCGAUAAAGGAUAUGAUGUAUGGUUUGGAAACAAUAGAGGGAACAAGUACUCAAAGAAGUCAGGAACCCACGCUCCAUCAUCAAUAGCCUUCUGGGAUUUCUCCAUGGACGAAUUCGCCUUCUACGACAUCCCCGACAGUAUCGAAUACAUACUGUCUGUCACUUCACAGAAGGCAUUAUCCUAUAUAGGAUUCUCCCAAGGGACCGCACAAGCAUUCGCUACACUCUCUAUCCACCCUACACUCAACCAAAAAAUCAACUUAUUCAUAGCACUAGCCCCGGCAAUGUCUCCAGCUGGACUUGCCAAUGGAGUUGUCGACGCUCUCAUGAAAGCGUCUCCGAACGUUCUCUUCUUAGCAUUCGGGCGUCGAAGCAUCCUCAGUUCCACACCCAUGUGGCAAACAAUCCUCUACCCACCUAUUUUUGUCCGCAUCAUCGACAUAUCCCUCUCAUUCCUGUUCAACUGGAGCGGCGUCAACAUCAGCAGCGAUCAGAAACUUGCGGCAUAUCCGCAUCUCUACUCAUUCACAAGCACCAAGUCCGUCGUACAUUGGUUCCAGAUUAUCCGCAACAAGAGCUUUCAGAUGUACGAUGACGAUGCAGGACCCUCUGUCAGCAUUAAUAAAAGCAACCGCUACUACAAGCCCGCAAAAUUCCCCACAAAGAAUAUCAAAACGCCAAUCGUCCUCGUUUAUGGGGGUCGUGAUAGUCUAGUGGAUAUCGAUGUGAUGCUCGAGGAACUCCCGAGCCAUACACAAGCAAUAUCGAUUUCCCACUAUGAGCACCUGGACUUCCUCUGGGCGAGGGACGUUGCUGAUCAGGCAUUUCCGCACAUCUUGGAUGCGCUGUGGUCACAUGGCUUAAAUCACACGGGCUGGCCGGCUGAGAAGCCAGACUAUCUCAUGAAGGAAAAUAACCCUGAUUCUCUCCACCACGAUCAAGAUGAGAACGAAAUCCCGGUCGAGAAUUCUCUGCCCCAGUUUGCGCUGACCGAGGCCAAGAUUCCGCUAUCGGAACAGCCCUUGCACGCGCGAUCUUCAGGCCUACCCUCUUAUUCUGACGAUGAACGGGUCAAACUGGCUAAUGGGAAUCGAGAAGAUGAGAGCUGACAAGCCUUUGCUGCUUUUCUACUGUAAUGAUAUUAUUUUAAGUGACCGUCGUCCGCCCAUGUCAAGAAGGGAAGGUGUUUUAUUCAUACCUUUCUUUACAUUCUUAUUUUCCCCCGUCUGUUUCCUUUUUGGCACGGAUAUACAUAGAUCUGUACAGAUGGAACGGGAGUUUGCAAUGGUUUUUUCACGCAGUUCAGCCAUACGCAAUGAGGAGUAUCAAUACAGGUGCGCUUCUCAUUGUUGUACAGUACAGUACAUACAUACAUACAUACAUACAUACA